AGCAGCUUGCAUCACCGACACUGCGUCGUCCGUCUCCAUCACUUCGGUGCUGAUCGCUGCGACUCACACAGCGCGACACAAUGCCGGCGCCAGUGCCACAGCCCACCCUCCCCCUCCACAGGGUGCGGUUCUUCGACCACACCCCGUCGCCCAUCACAGCCCUCGCCUUCCCUCCACUUCCUUUGCCCCCCGCGCGCGACCCGGCCGCGCCAGCUGCCAAGGGCAAGGCGCGUUCCGAGUCCGAACAGAACGAGCUGGGAGCGCUUGUUGUUGCCCGCGAGAAUGGCGAGAUCGAGAUCUGGGAGUAUGUCCACCCCGAGAGUGGGAGCAGCGGCAACUGGGUCCUCUUGAAGACCCUCCCGCCAACCCUCACCCACCCGACCAUCUCUCUCAUGGCUCUCGCUAUCCGGGAUCCUGAAAACUUCCACUCCAAGCCCUACUCGGUCCCUCGGGUGUCGGACCUGCGCCUGUUUACAGCCGGCUCGGAGUCGACCGAGCUCACCGAGCGCUGUCUGGCCAGCGGCCGUGUGCUGCAAACAUACCCCAUUCCGUCGCCUCCUCUGUGGUCGAUGAGCGUGUCGCCAACGCAGUCACUCCUGUGUUUGACCACCAACUCGGCACACCUCCAGUUUGUCACGAUCCCACCGCCGCUGUUGCCGGGCAGCGUGACCCAGCUCGAGCCGUCCCCUGCCCACCUUCUCCGCUCAGACGCACUCCCUUCGCGUACCCGCACGGUUUCGGUUGCAUGGGGUAUCCCGAGGCUCGUGCAGGAGGAGGACGAGUGGGUCUGGCGUGAUACCUACCUCGUUACUGGAAACUCGGACUCGUCGUUCCGCCGCUGGGAGCUGCCUCUGCCUGGAACGGCUGGCACACCCCAGGGCCGUGUUACUCUCAAGUCGCGCGCCGUGGUGGAGAAGGUCAACAAGGGAGCAAAGAAGGGCUCCCACAAGGGAACGAUUGUCUGGGGUGUCGGUGUCCUUCCCGACAACAGCGUCGUUACCUCCGACUCGCUCGGCAAUGUCACCUUCUGGGACAGCAACACGAUGGCUCAGCGCCAGUCUUUCCGCUCGCACAAGGCUGACGGCAUGAGCUUGAUCAUUGGUCCCGGAGGACGCACUGUGUUCACCUCGGGACCUGAUCAGCGCGUGUGCCAGUUUACGGCUGUUACCAAGGGCAACGGCAAGACCGAGUGGGCUCUUACGGCAACCAAGAGGAUCCACAACCACGAUGUUCGCGCGCUCGCCAUCUUCCCUCCUUACCUGCCACUGCCCGCCAACCACCCCCUUAGCCCCCGACCUGUCAACCCUGGGCUCGCGCCUAUCCUGGCCUCGGGCGGCUGGGACAUGGCUCCCGUCUUCACCCCUGCUGCCGCUCCCGAUCUCCUGUCUGAGAAGCUCCGCAGCCCGCUCGGCAAGUCCAAGAAGGGACAGCACAAGGUUGUGUUCGAGGAGUCAUUCUCUCGCAGGCUUCCCAUGUUCGGCGGCGAGCGUGGUACAACUCGCAUUUCUGUGUCCCGCGGUGCUCGCCUUGUUGUCGGCCGCAAGGAUCGAUCAGUCGGCAUCUGGACUGUGCUGGAGGACGAACAGGGCUGGAAGAAGCUCGUCGAGAUGGACCUGCAACUGAGGACCAACCUCAUCUCGUCGGCGGUUUCGCAGGACGGACGGUGGUUGGCCGUCUCCGACCUGUACGAGACCAAGGUCUUCCGCCUCACUCUGUCUCCCACUGGCCGCCUCCGCCCUGUUCGGGUCCGCGGCUUUGUUACGACUCUCAUCGAGUCGCCGGCCCUCGCCGACGUCGGUAUUCCUCAGCGUGGAUGUGGUGCCUCCUCGCUGCUCUUCACGCCCGACUCUGGCCGCCUGGUUGUUGCCUUCGCCGCUACGGCCCACGUUGCUGUGCUGGAGCUCCCUGACCAGGACAGCGGAGUCAUCACCGUUGCGCGAUCGUUCGCACCUCAGCAUACCAUUGUCGGCGGUCGCUCUGUCCGUGGCAAGGGCUCGCGGAGGAGACGCGGCGGAAACAAGGCUGUUGCGGACGCCGAUGGUGACGUCUCGAUGACCAAAGGUCACGCCGCGAGCGAUGAAGAGGCUGAGGAGGACGAAGACGAGCCGGUAUCCAGGCCCACUAGCAGCGAGCCGGCGCCGUGGGUGACGGCCUUGGCCGUGAGCGACGACGGACAGUGGCUCGCGACAUCCGACCUCGGCGGCAAGGUGACCGUCUUCAACCUCGACACGCUGCAGCUGCAUGCCCUGCUGCCGACCCUCCCCCAUGCAGCCGUGUCCAUCGCCUUCACCCCAACGCAUCCUUUCCUCGCGAUCGUGCACCCCAGCAACACUCUGCAGUUCUAUCACGUCGACACCAGCCGGUUCGUUGCCCCCACCCAGCAGCUUGCGGUUGUCAACAACACGCUGCACGGCCUGCACGCCGGCGUCGAGGGUGCAUCGUUUGAGCCUUCGCGCUCCAACCCCCGCGCCGCCAAGGUGGUCCUGUGGGCUCACGACUGGGUCGCCACUGCGCGUCUGGACCUGGACCUGGUGGCCAGGGGAGUCGGCAAGCGCAGCGGCUCGCCCGCUGUGUCGCUCGACGGCUCGCCCGCGCCGCUGUCGACCAAGUCGCUGCGCCGCAAGCGUGCACGCGAGGCGCGCGAGCAGCUCGAGGCGUCGUCAGCGUCGCCGUCGAUCGCUGCGUCGUCUGACAUUGGCGUGCCGGCUUCGCCCACCUCGUCGCUGGCUCGCAGCCUCGUGCACAAGUCUGCGCCAAGCAGUGCCAACGACCCCGAGUUUAUCAAGGUGGCGACGGACAAGUUCCGGAGCGUGGUCGCGGUCGACUGGCUCGAGGAGGGCGAGAUGGUGCUCGUGGAGCGGCCGUACGCCGACUUUGUUGGCGAGCUGCCUCCGGCGUUCUGGACUGGGACGUAUGGCCGGUCGUGAGGACACCACCACCACAUUCUUGACGCUUUGCAUCUCAGUGUACAAUCUUUCAUCUCGUGCAGGCCGCACGAGCGCUACAAUGCAUCAUCUCAUACUACGGGGGCUACAGGUCAGGGCGGCGAGUGGCAACUGGCGUGAGGGUGGCGGCGGCGCGGCUAGGCCCACCAUAAGCAGCUUGAAGCCACAGCCACGCGCCGCGCUCGACGCUCGGCGCGACGCGCCUCGUCUACGUCGACAAGUUGACACAGCUAAAGCUCUCAAAGUGGUGCAUGACCUCCCCGAGGCUCGCGUACGCGCAGUAGCUGUCGCGUUCGCCGAGGGGCGUGUUGGCAGGCGUGGAGAGGGGCGAGAUGUCCGUCGCGGCGGGGCGCAUGGCGCGCCAGUCUUCGUCGGUCAUGGAGCCGACGCUCGACGCGAGGUGGGGGAAGUACGGGCGCUGCGGGGUGGUGGCGAUUGGCACGGGGGCGGACAUGGUGGCGUUGGCUGUGGGUUGUUGUCGUCGCUUGAGAGGCUCCGAGCUGGCUUUUGUGCGCGACAUGCCCU